UCUCAGGUACUUCAACGGUCCCGUCUUAUCUCCCCAUAUUGCGGUAUGUCUCCAGUCGUUACUGA